CUGAUUCAUAUGAACAGGGGCUUGUUGCCAGAUGCGUUAGAACUAGUAGUGCUCUCUCGUGUUCAGAAAAUACACAUACCAAUACAAUUUUAAAAUUUAGUAAUAUUUAUAUACAAAUGUAUCGUAGACUAGUGGCUGUAAAAAGUCGUUUAUUUUAAGUAUUAUCCAGGUGCUUUCGAGUUCCUUCACAGCGGAAGAAUAUUUGCGCCGUUUUAACGUGCGAUCUCAUAUCUUAUGUACUGGACUCAAGCAUGGAGGAUACUGAAGCCAUGGACAGCAGACCACCACUGGCAGCCCUCUCUCCCUCUCGGCAGAACACUGAAGCUGCUGGAAAUGUGGAUUUCUCCAAACUCAGUCCUUCACAGUUUGGCAUUUCAACAGACAGCUUCUUAUCGUCAUCUAAGAUUAAAGAUAAGUCCAGGGUGGCUCAACUGAAGGCGAGGAGGAGAUCCACGAUUGGGGUCCGGGGAUCUCCAGAAACAAACUCUCUCAUCUGCUUCAGAGCCAGACAAGCUGCAAAAACACCUCCGCGAACACCACAGCUUUUGCAGGGGAGUCCGUUUCUUUCACGCUGUGACUCUCUGAAGAAGAAGAUGGCUGCUUUCCAGUGUCUGAUGGAGGAGGACGACGAAGAGGAUGAACAGAAGAAAAAUGAGGAGAAUGAGAGUGCGAAAAGUACCUUGGCUAAAGAUUCUGAGAACGGAAAGCUGUCUAUGCAAAGUCCAUUCACUUCCAUGACACCGCCUCCCUCUAAGAAACGCUGCUGGGCCCCACCGGGGGAGUGUAAAGACAAGAUUACGAAGACGCCACUCCCCUACCCCACUUUCACAACGCAACAGGAGCAAGGGGUGAAAUGCUCUGAGUCUCAAACCCAGAGGCCUCUAUCAGGUGUGGAUUCAGAUGCAAAGAAUGAGCUUUUGUCUUUACCCAUGCUGUCAAAACCAGAUGUUAAGCCAGCAGAUGAAAACAUGGGCUCCGCUAUACACAAAAAGAAGCGUGUUCGUUUUGGGGCACCGCUUUCUCCAGAGUUCUUCGACAAAACCCUCCCUCCCAGUACCCCGCUGCAGAAAGGAGGCACCCCAAUGUGUCUUCCAUCAUCUACGGGACCUAAACGCUCUCUGCUGAAGACCCCUCAACGAUGUGAGGCCCCUCUACCCCAACCUGACUUCAACAGUCCCCAAAACAAUGGAGCCUCUCCUGUCCUGGUUAUUGACAGACACAGUUCUGGCCUGUUGUACAGUGAUGAAGUAUUUGAAGAGAUCAAAAAGAUCAGUUUUCCCAGUAUGGAGGAAGAGUCUCCCUCACACAAGCCUUCAGAGAACUGCAAAGUUGUAGAUGCACUCUCUGCUGAGGACCCAGGGCAGCCCCAGGCUGAAGAUGCUGAAGUUAUGAACGCUGCUUUUCAAGAGGAAGAGGAUGAACCAUCCAAUUCACAGACAGAGGAAAAACUGCCAUAUCCCACUGGUGAUCAGCCACUGGCUCUCUCCAUAGUGGUUGACCAGGAUUCAGAGUCUUCAUCCAACUCCAGCACUGAACCAGCUCGCUCUCGCUGUAGGAAAAGAAAGCAACCAGGGGAGAGUGAGCCUGAGAAAAGGAGAAGCUCGCGUACAGCUGCAGCUUCUGCUUCUGGAAAGAUGAAGAAGACGCCAGGAGUAAAAAGACGAUUUGGCAAUAAGGAGGUUGAUCGUUCUCUGUACGGGAAAAGAGACUAUGCUUCAAAAAACCCUCUGCUCAGCCCCAUAUUUGAGAUGAUGUCUACCAGUCUUAACAACACACCAACGCAAACACAAUCAGGAAAACUAACAGAUGGAGAGCAAGACAGCAAUCAGACACCCAACGUUCCCCAUAGCAAGACCGUUUGUCCCAUGGUAAUUCUGGGUACUUCCUGCACACGGACAAAUGAGAACGAGCAAGCAUUGUGCUCCACUGUGACAAACACCACUGACAACCAAUCGGAUAUGAACUCGACUUGUUUGGAACCCUCAGUCGGCACGCGGCGUCCAGCGGGAAGAAUAAGCUCAGGGACAAAGACUUCCAAGGCCAAACUUGACUCAGGGCGGCCUGAGCGCCAACGUCGUAGCUCAGGCGGAGCCAAGAGAAAGGAGCUUGGCAAUAUAGCUAUUAACUUUACUACUACUGAAUCAGAUUGUGAAACUGGGGAACAGGAUACUGAGAGCCAAAAGCCAACUGAAUCUGCAGGUUUGAGCCCAAUGUACCAAGACAGUUCUGAUAGGCCAGUGCAUGAAGCUGAAUGCUCUGAAAACAAGAAAAUUGAGGUUUUAAACAGCUGUGUGGUACAAAAUGAAAACUCAGUGACCACUGAGAGGUUAGAGCAAAAGACACCAGGUAAUAAAAGACGUGGACGUGUCCAAAAGGCUCUGAAAAGUCCUUGUGUAAAGAUCGAUGUUGUGGUAGAGGAAGUAGAUGAGAGUGGUCAAUCGGAGCGAAAUACUGUUGAUGCAUCAGAGAGCAACACUGCACCCACAGAGCCUAGUUUGGCCCCCUGGCAGAAGCCUGACUUCAACAUCGACGACAUCUUGAAACCUGUGGCGAAGAGUCGAGGUUCUGUGCGACGCAGCCUGAGGAAUCGGAGGAGUGUGGACCUGCAGGCUGUGGGCCUGACCUGGGUAGACCACACCUCCCCGGAGCUGAGUAAAGCGGGUCGGAGAAGGACGCGUGGAAGACUCAGCGGUGUAUCUGAACCACUCGUCUUUCAGGCCUCUGAGGAACUGACACCAAACUUGGGAGAGUAACUGACUUUAAUUGUUUGUGUCAGUUAGCGGUUUAAUUACUGUCAAAUGAACAUUUAUAAAAUGUUACUCUUCUCUUAUAUGUAUUGUUUUAAAUUUAUUGGGUUUUUUAGUGAAAAUUGCCUCUUGUUAAGAAGAUUGUAUAAUUGUUAGAUUACUUCUGCUUCUUAAAUCUUCACUUAGAGAUGAAUGAUCCUGUUUGAAUGUGAUUUUACAAUGGUAAUCAUUUUGUUUUACAUAAAUGGCAAUCCCAGUUUGCUUGUUUUUUUUUUUUUUUUCUUUUACUGUAAAAUUGCCUGCUUCACAAUUCAGUAGUACAAUACAAUAUUUGCAUCCAAACCUU